AUGGAUGUCAUCCGCCAGGUCUACAACGACCGCCCAAAGACCGCCGUCUUCACAAUCGCGGCGACACUGCGAAUACUCCUCGCCUUGACCUUCCCAGGCCUGCCAGAUCUCCUCACCGGCAGAGUCGAGAUCUCUACUCCAGUGAACAGUUUCAAGAGAUUACAGGAAGGCUUGUUCCUCUAUGAGAGAGGACUGGAUCCAUACGAUGGAGGCAUAUUCCACCAGGCGCCUCUAUUCUUGCCUCUCUUCUCUCUGCUGCCUUCGCCAGCAACCGCACUCGGCCGCAUAAUCAGCGUUGCCUUGUACACGGCGUUGGACAUACUAUCUGCGGACUGUCUAUUCGACAUAGCACAGUCCGGUGCGGCGGCAGCUUCACUUCUAUACACAUCGCCUAGACACACUCGAGCUUGGAGACCUGCGUCAGUCGCGGCAGUGUACCUAUUCAACCCCUACACCAUUCUGGCAUGCCUGGGACGACCGACGACAGCCUUCGCCAGCUUUUUCACGCUCUUGAGCAUCAAGCAUGCUUGUCAGGCGAAGAUCACGACGGCAGCCUUCGCGCUGGCAAUAGCGAGCUACACAAGUCUCAGUCCGAUUCUCCUCCUGCCUCCAGUCGGUCUCUUCUGCUACGACCAGUUCUGUAUUACUCAUAAUCCAGAGCUCCUCCCUUCAAAGCUGCCAUUCGCAGCAGUCUUCAUCACAACCUUCGCAGUGUCAACAGCAUUCCUGCUCAUCCUCUCAAGAACCCUCCUUCCAUCCUGGUCCUUCCUCGAAUCCGUCUACAAAACACCCCUCACCCUCCCGGACCUCACGCCAAACCCAGGACUCUGGUGGUACUUCUUCAUCGAAAUGUUCGAUGCAUUCCGAGAAUUCUUCCUCGGAGUUUUCUGGCUCCACAUGCUUUCCUACAGCAUCCCAUUCUGCCUACGUUUCCGAAAACAACCCCUAGCCGCCAUCAUCCUCAUGAUGGGCAUCACCUCCGUCUUCCAACCUUACGCCAAUGCCGGAGAUGUCGGAGCGUGGCUUUCGAGUUUGUGUUUGCUAGGCCAUGUAUUCGACCUAUGCUCGACGCAUAGAUAUACAUUCCCUGCACUCGCAGCUCUACUCUACGCGAGUCUGUUAGGUCCAGCUUUCCAUCAUCUUUGGAUCUAUGCUGGUUCGGGAAACGCAAACUUCUUUUACGCUAUUACAUUGGUGUGGAGUUUGGCAUUGUUGAUCCUGCUGACGGAUACGCUGUAUGCACUUUUAAGGGAUGAGUGGGAGAUGGAAAGACCUGAGGGGACGGGAAAGGAGAUUAGACAGAUAUGA